UCAGAGAAGACACCUGGGGCACAGGGCACACAAGGAAGAGGACACUCGGGGCACAGGACACCCGGGGCAUGGGGCGGCAGGGACAAAGGAUGUACAUGGCAUUGAACACUCGGGGCAGAGGACACCGGGGACAGAGGACACCGAGGGCACAGGACACCGGGGGCGGGCCGCCCUGCGGAGCCGCCCCGACAGGCGGGCGGGGACCGGACGGGUUCUCGGGGCGAUGUGGAGCCCGGGCCUGCUGUGCGCCCUGGGCCGGCGGCGCCCCGGGCCCUCCGUGCCGCUGCGGCCCCUGACCUGCCUGCUCCAAGGGGAAUAUCGGGAGAAAACCCCGAUCCACCUACGCCAGAGCGAAUAUGGGGAGAAAACCCAGAUCCGCCUGCUCCAGAGUGACUAUCGGGAGAAAACCCCGAUCCGCCUGCUCCAGAGUGAAUAUGGGGAGAAAACCCCGAUCCGCCUGCUCCAGGGGGAGUAUCAGGAACAACCCCCGAUCCGCCUGCUCCAGAGGGAAUAUCGGGAGAAAACUCCGAUCCGCCUGCUCCAGGGGGAGUAUCAGGAGCAAUCCCCGAUCUGCCUGCUCCAGAGGGAAUAUCAGGAGAAAACCCCCAUCUGCCUGCUCCGGAGGGAAUAUAGGGAGAAAACCCCUUUCUGCCUGCUCCAGAGGGAAUAUCGGGAGCUGCCGCUGCCGGGGCAGCGCUGGGGAAGGACACAGCACCUGCCUCCCCGCCGGUUUUUAAGUAAUAAACCCAAAUCCAGGCGCUAUCCCAAAACGUUCCCAGUUCUAGACGGACGUGUCCCCGCCGUGUACCAACACGUGUUCCAAGAGAAUUUAAGGAACAGCGAGGCUGUGAUUAAAAGGUACUCGGAGCUGCUGGAGCGGGUGAAGGCAGGAGGGGGAGCGGACGCCGUGCUGCGGCACACGCAGCGCAACAAGAAGCUGUUCGUGCGGGAGCGCCUGCGGCUGCUGCUGGACGAUGCGGAUUUCCUGGAGCUGUCCCCGCUGGCAGGGCUGCACCUGCCCUACGGGAAUGUCCCUGCUGCCGGCUGCCUCACGGGAAUUGGCAGGAUCUGUGGGAUCUGGUGUGUCUUCUUUGCGGCUGAUGCCACUGUGAAAGGAGGAACCAUUUACCCAAUUGGAGUGAAAAAGCAGCUGAGGGCCCAGGAAAUUGCCAUGGAGAACAGGCUGCUGUCUGUGCACCUGGUGGACAGUGGGGGAGCCUUCCUGCCCCUGCAGUCAGAGCUGUUUCCUGACAAGCUGCACGGUGGCAGGGUUUUCUACAACGAGGCAAUCAUGUCUGCCAUGGGGAUCCCUCAGGUGGCCGUGGUGUGUGGCUCCUGCGUGGCUGGAGGUGCCUACGUGCCCACCAUGGCCGAGGAAUCCGUGAUCAUUGAUAAGAUUGGGAUGCUGUUCCUCGCUGGGCCGCCCCUGGUGAAAGCUGCCACGGGAGAAGAUGUCUCUCCUGAGGAGCUUGGAGGAGCCAGGCUGCACUCACAAGUCAGUGGCUGCAGUGACCAUUUUGCACCCUCAGAAAAGGAGGCCUAUGAGUGCAUUCGUAAUAUUGUCUCUACCUUAAACUGUGAGCCAGUGCCAGAGCAGCACAGGGAGCCUGACAGUCCCUUGUACAGCCCUGAGGAGCUCCUGGGCCUGGCACCACGGGCUUACAGCUGCACCCUUCCUGUCAAACUGAUCCUGAGCCGGCUGCUGGAUGGAAGCAGAUUCCAGGAAUUCAAGGCUGCCUAUGGGACAACAUUGGUGACAGGAUUUGGCCACGUGCAAGGGCACUUGGUGGGGAUAGUGGCCAGCAAUGGGGAGCUGGCUCACGAUGCUGCUCUCAAGGGCAGCCACUUUGUCCAGCUCUGUGGCCAGAGGAGAAUUCCCAUCCUCUUCCUCCAAAACACUGCUCCACAGCCAGCAGGGCCUGCAAGCAUCUCACAGGCAGAGGCUCAUUCCAACAGGCUGAAGGCCCAGGCCUCCAUGAUGGCUGCAGUUGCCUGUGCUGCUGUUCCCAAAAUCACCAUUGUCUUUGGAGGCUGUUUUGGGAGUGACAGCUACGCCAUGUGUGGGAGAUCGUUCAGCCCAAACUUUCUGUUCCUGUGGCCCAAUGCAAGGGUUGCUCUUGUGGAUUCUCAGAAUUUCCCCACAGUUCCACCAGCUGGGGACUGGACAGGAGAGGAACUGGAGCUAAAACAGCUGAAGGCAAAGCUAGAGGAAGAAAGCAGUGCCUUUUACUCCUCGGCCAGGCUCUGGGAUGAUGGGAUCAUCCUACCUCAAGACACCAGGAAGGUGAUUGCCCAGUGCUUGGAGAUCAUGGAACAGAAGAAGUACCAGGCUGUGUCUCCCCAUCCCCAUCCCAUCAUCAGGAUGUAACUGCAGCCCCCUCAAACCAGAACUCUGAGUAUAAAGGUUUUCUAAUGCUUUGAUACCAUUAAUAAAAGUGUUGAACAAUUGAAGACAAACAAGAAUCCCCGAUUUUAAAUCUGCUGG